UGCCCUAUAAAACUCUACUCCAUUCAAUGAACUUUUUUGUUUGGACGAACUCUCUGUUUCCUCACCAUCUUCACCCACUCCCUCUGCUUCACAGCUUUCCUGUUACUUCUUCGCUCUCGACAACUAACUUGGGCAACGAUUUAUGGCACCAUCAACAGCAUCAUUUGACCGGAUUGGAUACUGGUCCCCGAACACGGCCUCGGUGGACUGGUGUGAGAACAAUUAUGUGGUCAGUUACUACGUCGCAGAGUUCUGGAAUACAGUCUCCAGCUUGUUCAUUGUGCUUUUGGGGGAACUAGGGCUGUAUCUGUGUCCGACCAAAGAGCGUCGCUUCAAAGUUGCGUUCAGGACCAUCAGCAUCGUAGGAAUCGGAUCGACACUCUUUCAUGGAACACUUCGGCACAAAAUGCAGCUCCUUGAUGAACUACCAAUGAUCUAUGCAGCAACAGCACUCGUAUUCAUCUCUGUAGAGUCCAAGAAUGGACCUCAAGGCCGCUGGUUCCCUGUGAGCCUUGCAGCUUGGCUUGCUUUGACAACCAUCUUCGUCUCGGUCACUGGCGGCAAGAUCCAAUUCUACACAUUCCAGGCAUCUUUUGGCGUCCUUCAACUCAUCAUCGUCUACUAUACUACCACCUUACACCUUCAACAAAGUGCCCAAGCCCUAGCCCGCGGCAGCAAGUCCGAGUCAACUUGGCUGAUCCAGCGCGCCUUGGGUAUCUAUUUCUUCGCGGUCGCCAUAUGGUUGAUUGACCUGCAUCUCUGUGAAUUUGUCAAUGGCGUCGGGCCCCAAUCAAUCCUGAAGUGGAACCCGCAGUUUCAUGCCUGGUGGCACGUCUUCUCCAUUGUUGGCGUCUACUUCUCCACAUUGUUGGUUGCUUAUCAACACUAUGUCGCCAGGGGUCUUCAGCCAGCCGUCUAUCUUUGGAGGGGCUUUGCACCAGCCUUGACGCUUGAUCCCGUCGGACAAAAGAAGGCUGCCAAGCUGCAUUAAUUAGCCGUAUAAUUUUUGUUAAAAAAAA